UACUAUCCCGUGCAACACAAUAACAAUUGCACAGAGCGUCGAAAACGUUGUGUUUGUUCGCUCGUUUUGCGCGUCAACCGUGACGGAUAGAAACGACAUUGGUAACGUUUGAGUUUUCACCGUUCUUUAACUCUAGGUAUCUUGAUUGUUCAAUCAAGAUUGUUCGAAGGUAUUUUUUUUUUUCAUUUUCCAUUUGACGUGGUUUCGCGGUUUGGAAUCUGGUUCUUCCCACGAAUGAGAUCGUAAAACCAUGGACCCAGCGAUAGUGUACGAAGAAAUACGUUCGAUGCAACGUAAAAUGGACAUCAUGGAUAAGAAAAUGGACAAAGUCGACCGUCAAAGGGUCGAAACCAGUGGUCAAAUGAACGCGAUCGCUAUCAUGCUGAGAACGAUAGACGACACCUUGCGGAAAUCCGCGAACUCUAUAAGCCUCAUCGUUCGGAUGGUGUCCGGUAUGAUAGAUUUGUCAUCUUCUGAUUUAGGCAAACUACUUCUUGAAAACAAUGCUCUUUUAGGACAUGUGCAACUGAACCCGGAUUGGAAUUCUGAACUUAGCCCUUUUGCCGGUUACCCACCUAUGCAUGCGUUGAAAUUAAUGCUUACAGAACUAAUUCAAAUAAUAGAUAAGCACAGACUGGACAAUUUCAAAAUUCCAAGUGAAAUAGUUCCAAUCACUGCACCAUCAGUUUCUUGUAUAACAAAAAAUACUAUUGUAUCAUCUCAAAAUGAGAGUUCUACAGUUUUACCAGUUAUGACUGAGGAAACCAGUAUGUUAUCCAAUACAUCAUCUCAAAACAAUAAUUCUGAAGUUCUACCUAUUAUUUCUCAAGAAUCUAAUAUGGUAUCACCCUCUUCAAAUAUAACACCUUUACACAACAGCAUUAUUUCUAAUUUAAAAAACAAAAAUGAAGAAGAUGAAGGAGCUCUUCGAAGAAAAUAUAAAAAUAAAUAUAGAUACUUAAAUGUUAGUAAAGCUCUAAGCACUGAACCAAAGAAACACAUAAUAUGUAGAGACAGUAGUUAUAUACCAGAGCCUUAUCGAAAUCCAAUAUUUGAUAAUGUUAAGGCUGUAAAAAUAACAAAUUAUCGAACCAAUAAAAGUGUCAUCAAACCAUUGAGUUUCAUUCAUCCACGUGUUGUUAUUAAUUCAAUUGAUGUUGCUAAUUGUGCUGCCAUUGCUCCUAGAAUUAAAAAUGAUAAUGAAAAUCCUCUUCAAAGUAGAAAUCCAUUAAAUAAUCGUUCUGCCAGUCACAAUGAAAGUAAAGCUCUAAAUAAAAGAAAGAAUCUAAGAAGAGACACCAAAAUUACCAAAAAAAAAAAUAUCAAAUUUAAAAAACAAGUUAUGAAAACCAACAGAAAAUCAUUAAGAAUAGCCAUCAAAAAAAAGAAAUCAACCUCAAAAGACAAAGACCACAUAAAAAAUUAUUACAAUAAAAGUGUAUGAUUUUUCUGAU